UGCGGCGACUGCGGCAAGAGCUUCCGGCACAGAAGCAACUUCAACAGGCACCGCCAGACCCACACCGGGGAGAAGCCCUUCCCCUGCUCCGACUGCGGCAAGAGAUUCAGUGAUAAGAGCUCCCUCACUGACCACCGCUGCAUCCACCCCAGGGAGAAGCUGUUCGCCUGCCCCGACUGCGGCAAGAGCUUCUGGAAUAGGAGGGGCCUCAGGGUGCACCGCCAGAUCCACACCGGCAAGAAGCCCUUCAGCUGCCCCUACUGCGGCCAGAGCUUCCGCAAUGGAUGCAGCCUCGAUGCCCACUGCCACAUCCACACCGGGGAGAGGCCUUUCACCUGCCCCGACUGUGGCAAGAGCUUCCGGCAGAAAAGCAACCUCAACAGGCACCGCAGGAACCACAGUGGAGAGAAGCCCUUCUCCUGCCCCGACUGUGGCCAGAGCUUCGCCCACAAGAGCUACCUCAUCGCCCACUGCCGCAUCCACACCGGUGAGAAGCCCUUCACCUGCCCCGACUGCGGCAAGAGCUUCACCAGCAAGAGCUACGUCACCGCCCACCGCCGCAUCCACACCGGCGAGAAGCCCUUCACCUGCCCCGACUGUGGCCAGAGCUUCCGGCACAACAGCAGCCUCAACAGGCACCGCCAGACCCACAGCAGCGAGAAGCCCUUCAGCUGCGCCGACUGCGGCAAGAGCUACCGCCACAAGAGCAACCUUGACGCCCACCUCAUCACUCACGUGGGCAAGAAGCUCUUCCCCUGCCCUGACUGCGGCAAGCGUUUCGGCCACCCCUCUGCGGUCUGCAUGCACCGCCGUAGGCACACCGGGGAGAAUCUGUUCCCCUGCACAGAGUGCAACAAGAGCUUCACCAACAGCUCCGGGCUCCUCUGGCACCGCCUCGUCCACACCGGCGAGAAGCCUUUUACCUGCCCUGACUGUGGAAAGAGCUUCCUGAAGAGAUGCAGCCUCAAGAGGCACCGCCAGAUCCACAGCAGCGAGAACCCCUUCCCCUGCCCCGACUGCAGCAAGAGCUUCAUCUACAAGAUCCAACUCGACAUCCACCGCCGCGUCCACACCGGCGAGAAGCCUUUCACCUGCCCUGACUGCGGCAAGCGCUUCGCCCGAAAGAGCUACCUCGCCAGGCACCUCCGCAUCCACACCAGCAAGAAGCCCUUCAGCUGCGCCGACUGCAGCAAGAGCUUCUACCACAAGAGCAGCCUCAACACCCACCGCAUCACUCACAUGGGCAAGAAGCUCUUCCCCUGCCCCGACUGCGGCAAGCGUUUCGGCCACCCCUCUGUGGUCCGCAUCCACCGCCGCAGGCACACCGGGGAGAAGAUGUUCCACUGCGCAGAGUGCAACAAGAGCUUUCCCAACAGCUACCAGCUCCUCCACCGCCGCCUCGUCCACAGCGGCAAGAAGCCUCUCACCUGCCCUGACUGUGGCAAGAGCUUCCAGAAGCGCGGCGCCCUCAUCGGCCACCGCCGGACCCACACCAGUAAGAAGCCCAUCCCCUGCCCCGACUGCGGCCAGAGCUUCAUCUACAAGAGCCUCCUCGACAUCCACCGCCGCGUCCACACCGGCGAGAAGCCUUUCACCUGCCCUGACUGUGGCCAGAGCUUCGCCCAAAAGAGCUACCUCGCCAGGCACCUCCGCACCCACACUGGCGAGAAGCCCUUCCCCUGCCCCGACUGUGGCAAGCGUUUCAUCAGCGCCUCUGCGGUCCGCAUCCACAGCCGCAUCCACACUGGCGAGAAGCCCUACCCCUGCCCCAGCUGUGGCAGAAGCUUCCGGUGGAACCACCAGCUGGCCAAGCACCAGUGCGCUCACACUGCAGAGCAGCCCACGCUGCAGGAGGGCCAGGGCAUGGGUGGUGCAGCAAGGCCGCUGCUGGGGUAAUGGCAGUGUGUUUAUUCCUCACCCCUGUAGGCCUGCUGCUCCAGGGCAGCCUCACUUCUCCCUCCGCCACCUGAGAUGAGCGUGGAGGAGUUUGUUGUGCAGGCCCCCAGGGCCUCAUCCUUAUCUGAGCUCUUUGGUGCUGCUGACUGGCAGUGGGGAUCUGCCUCUGUUGCCUGAGUCUGGAUCCUUUCCCCUCACUCCCUAAUUCCCAUAACUCCUCCUUUUGUUCUGAGGCUCAGGCAGGGCCCUUCACAGAGAGGUCACAACCACAGCACCUGAGGCACAGCUCACCCAGGGGAGCCAGGGGCAGAGGUUGUCUGCCUCCUCUCCCCAGAAGCCUGGGGAGAAUCCAGCCUCAGCAGCUGCCGAGACAGAGUUCCCUGGAAGCCCUUGCAUGAUAGAAUCAGGGGCAGAGAACUCCCAAGCUCACCCAGCCCAACCUAGCACCCAGCCCUGCCCAACCAACCAGACCAUGGCACUAAGUGCCCCAGCCAGGCUUGGCUUCAGCACCUCCAGCCACGGCCACUCCACCACCUCCCUGGGC